GACUCUCCAGCUACAUCUGUAGUCGCUCGGUCAGCAAGAAACGCCAGUUUCCCUCCCAGGUAAAAGAAAUUGGUAUACGUCUGGCCGAAGCCAAAGAUACUGCUCCCGUUUUCAAAAUAUUGAAUGGUUCCAGCACAAUACGCCUUUGGCAGCCUAUCCCAUCAUGGCUCCUGUGGACUCUCCAGCUACAUCUGUAGUCGCCCGGUCAGCAAGAAACGCCAGUUUCCCUCCCAGCACAAUACGCCUUUGGCAGCCUAUCCCAUCAUGGCUCCUGUGGACUCUCCAGCUACAUCUGUAGUCGCUCGGUCAGCAAGAAAUGCCAGUUUCCCUCCCAGCACAAUACGCCUUUGGCAGCCUAUUUCAUCAUGGCUCCUGUGGACUCUCCAGCUACAUCUGCAGUCGCCCGGUCAGCAAGAAACGCCAGUUUCCCUCCCAGCACAACACGUUUUGACAGCCUAUCCUAUCAUGGCUCCUGUGGUCUCUCCAGCUACAUCUGUAGUCGCUCGGUCAGCAAUAAACGGUAGUUUCCCUCCCAGCACAACAUGGUUUUAGCAGCCUCUCCCGUCAUGGCUCAUGUGAUCUAUUCAGCUCCAUCUGUAAUAGCUCAGUUUCACUAGUCUAUUUGCCUAUUGCCAAAAUAUCGCCAUCUCAUCAUC